UUUCAGUUUUCAACUCCGAGCGAGGAUUUCCAGAGCAUAAACUCGUUAGUGAUGGCGCCGGCUCCCAGGAGCUGGAUAGCCAGCGAUUUUCGCAGGAGCGUCUCGGUGGCUCUCUUUUUGAAUAACGCUUUCCCUAGUUGCAGAGUCACCCGGCGUGCUUCUCUGAGGUGUGUCCAGGUAAUGGGACCUGUCCCCGUGUGGAUUUGGGCCGGCAAGGUGACAUCUAACGGAGCUGCAGUCUGCCCCCUCUGCAGUGGAUCCGCGCACCCCUGAGGCUUCUCCCACCGUGGGGCCGGCUCCGGUUGGGCUUCCUGCAGGUGUCAGUGUCUUGCGCUCGCCUCUGGCAUUCUGGAAGCAGCCUGAUCUGCAGCCAGGUCCCCGGGGCAGGCCCUGCCAGGGAGCGCUGGGGCUGGUAGCACUGCUGCAUCACUUGGGAUGCAACUGAGGAUUUGGAUAAGUUCCUACGUUUGUGCGCCCCGGCGUCCCGAAGCUCAGCCUCUGGUCCCCACUGUAGGUUUCGAUUAGCAGAGGGCUCUCCCCACUGUGAGUCUUCUGUUGGGAGCUGUGACGCUCUCUGCCUGCGUCUCCCUGCCCGGUGGGUCUCAGCCAUGGCAACAGAGGAGAAGAAGCCAGAGACAGAGGCUGCCCGAGCACAGCCCACCCCUUCGUCAUCGGCCACGCAGAGCAAGCCCGCCCCGGUCAAACCAAACUAUGCUCUCAAGUUUACCCUGGCCGGCCACACGAAAGCUGUGUCCUCCGUGAAGUUCAGCCCGAAUGGGGAGUGGCUGGCGAGUUCGUCUGCAGACAAACUCAUUAAAAUUUGGGGUGCCUAUGAUGGAAAAUUUGAGAAAACCAUAUCUGGUCACAAACUGGGAAUUUCAGAUGUGGCCUGGUCGUCAGAUUCUAACCUUCUUGUUUCUGCCUCAGAUGAUAAAACUCUAAAGAUAUGGGACGUGAGCUCGGGAAAGUGUCUAAAAACCCUGAAGGGACACAGUAACUACGUCUUUUGCUGUAACUUCAACCCUCAGUCCAACCUCAUCGUCUCGGGCUCUUUCGACGAGAGCGUGAGGAUAUGGGACGUGAAGACGGGGAAGUGCCUCAAGACUCUGCCUGCACAUUCGGACCCGGUGUCCGCUGUCCACUUCAAUCGCGAUGGCUCCCUGAUAGUGUCCAGUAGCUAUGACGGGCUCUGUCGGAUCUGGGACACGGCCUCGGGCCAGUGCCUGAAGACGCUCAUCGAUGACGACAACCCCCCCGUGUCCUUUGUGAAGUUCUCUCCGAAUGGCAAGUACAUCCUGGCUGCGACCUUGGACAACACGCUGAAGCUCUGGGACUACAGCAAGGGGAAGUGCCUGAAGACGUACACCGGCCACAAGAACGAGAAGUACUGCAUAUUCGCGAACUUCUCAGUCACCGGCGGGAAGUGGAUCGUGUCUGGUUCGGAGGACAGCCUGGUGUACAUCUGGAACCUUCAGACAAAGGAGGUGGUGCAGAAGCUGCAGGGCCACACAGAUGUCGUGAUCUCGACGGCGUGCCACCCGACAGAGAACAUCAUCGCCUCGGCCGCACUGGAAAACGACAAAACGAUUAAGCUCUGGAAGAGUGACUGCUAGGCCCUCGGCGCCACGGCGGGCUCUCAGGAAGGUGACCCGACUGGCCAGGAGCGCCGUGUCUGGGGGUUUCCCCCUGGCCUGGGCGUCUGCGAGGGGCCUGGACUGGAGCCGCCUCGAGGGGGGCGUGCUACCACCACCGAGUUCCGAAGGUGACAUUUCUCGCCAGUCCCUCUCACACCGUCUGGGGAAGAGUUCGUAGUCUGUAUUAUGUCCAAACAGUCAACGAAAGUUUUAAUUUUUUAUUACAAAAGGGUGAAGUUCAAUUUUCAUGAGUUGUGUUUUUUUCCAGUAAAUGUUCUAUACUGUU